ACAAUGUCAAGGAUAAGGUAGGCAGGAGCCCUGGUGUGUAAAAAAAGCUAUAUAAUUAUCACUGUUAAUGAUUAUAGAUGUGAUAAGCGCACUGAUAGGAUUUAUGGAUGGAAAGAAUCAGAGAAAGAACAGGUAUUCUCAGAACCACACAGGAAGGGUGAAACGGCGAGUUCAGUAGUCAGACCAACUUGCAAGACAGAACGACUAGCUUUGGAAGUACUUACGGGUGUUAAUAGAGCGGCGGAGAGACGGGUAGAGGGACCUGGUGAGGAUCAGGGGGAGAGGUGAGGAUGCAGCCGGCAGGUAAGCACUAUGUGGUCUCCAGGCCACUGUACUCGGAGGACGCCUUUGCAGAGGAGCAUAAGAAGACCACAAGAAAGCGAAAGACGCUGAGGAACCACAUCAAACAGUACUUUACCUGUGACUGCAAUCGUGUGAAGAAUGCUGCUCUGUCCCUGCUGCCCAUCAUCGGCUGGAUCAAAAUCUACCGAGUGAAGGAAUGGUUGCUGAAUGACAUCGUCUCUGGGGUCAGUACUGGACUAGUGGCUGUGCUCCAAGGUUUGGCUUACAGCCUCCUGGCUUCCAUCCCUCCCUGGUACGGCCUGUUUGCAGCGUUCUUCCCCGUGAUCACUUACUUCUUUCUGGGAACCUCGAGACACAUCUCUGUGGGCGCGUUCCCCGUGUUGAGUCUGAUGGUUGGAACUGUGGUCACCAGGCUGGUGCCAGACGAUGGCCCCCCCGCCAACAUCACUGGCUUUGAGGGCUUGACCAUGGAUGAGCAGAGGGCCAUGGUGGCAGCUUCUGUCACCUUCCUCAUGGGCAUAUUCCAGCUGGGCAUGGGGCUACUUCAGGUGGGCUUCAUAGUCAUGUACCUGUCGGACACCCUGGUGUCUGGCUUUACCACAGCUGCUGCUGUGCACAUCCUGGUGUCCCAGCUGAAGUUUGUGUUCGGCCUCACGGUGCCUGGCUUCAGUGGACCGCUCUCCAUCAUCUACACCCUGGAAAGCAUAUUCGGGCAAAUCACGAAAACAAACAUCUGUGACUUGGUCACAGCCAUCGUGGUGAUGGUUGUGGUGUUCAUCGUUAAGGAGCUUAACGACAGAUACAAGUCAAAGCUUCCUGUACCCAUACCUAUAGAGGUCAUAAUGACUGUUAUAGCUUGUGGGAUCUCUUACGCAGUCGACUUCAAAGAAAAAUAUAACGUAGAUAUUGUGGGGAAAAUACCAAGCGGGUUUGAGCCCCCAACGGCUCCCAGCCUGCAAAUCUUCCAGAUGACAGCAGUGGAUACAUUUCCCAUGGCUAUAGUGGGGUUUGCUGUGGCCUUCUCCGUUGCAAAAGUCUAUGCUGUAAAACAUGAUUACCUCAUCGAUGGAAACCAGGAGCUCAUUGCUUUUGGAGUCAGUAACAUCUUCGGGGCGACUUUCAAAUCCUUGGCAGCGAGUACCGCUCUUUCCAGGAGUGCUGUGCAGGAAAGCACAGGAGGUAAAACACAGAUUGCUGGCCUUCUCUCAGCUAUCAUAGUUAUGAUCGUUAUCUUGGCAGUUGGGUUUCUACUGGAGCCUCUUCAGAAGUCUGUUCUGGGAGCUGUGGUUAUUAUUAACCUGAAAGGGAUGCUAAUGCAGGUUAGAGAGGUGCCCUACCUCUGGAGGAAAGAUCGUCCUGACUGUGUGGUGUGGCUGGUGACGUGUGUGGCCUCCAUCCUCCUGGGUCUAGAUCUGGGACUGGGUGUGGGGUUGGGCGUCGAGCUGCUCACUGUCGUCUUCAGGACUCAGUUCCCUCGCUGCAGUGUCCUGGCGAACAUCAAAGGCACUGACAUCUACCGAGAUCGGAAGGACUACCUGAGCAUUUAUGAGCCGGAGGGAGUGAAGAUCUUUAGAAUUCCCUCUCCAAUAUUCUUCGCUAACAUUGAGUUCUUCAGAGGGAAGCUUGUGGAAGCAGUUGGUUUUAACCCUUUGAGAAUUUUGAGAAAGAGGAACAAAGCCCUGAGGAAGAUCAAGAAGCUUUUGAAGAAGGGAGAACUCCAGGUUACAGCUAAGGGACUACUGCCCAGUGGUUCCAGCCCCAUCGUGGAGUCGGAAGAUGAGAGCAAAAUGGAGGAUCUGGACCUGCCCUCAGACUACUCCGAGCUGCCGGUGCAGGUGAACUGGAACUCCCAGCUCCCCGCCAACAUCUGUGUGCCCCAAGUGCCCAUCCACAGCCUCGUCCUGGACUUCGCUGCCGUCUCCUUCGUUGACAUGUCGGCCAUGAAGGGCCUCAAAGGGGCUCUGAAGGAGUUUAUUCGGGUUGAUGUCAACAUCUACAUCGUGGCUUGUGACAUGUACGUGUAUGAGAAAUUGCACAGCUGCAAGUUUUUCGACGACGAGAUCCAGACGUCCAUGUUCUUCCUGACCCUGCAUGAUGCCAUGCUUCACAUUCUAGAGAGACACCCUGACACGAGCAAACUAGACAGUGUUUCCGAGAAGGUGUUCUCAGACGAAAAAUUCGACAGCCUAAGUAAUGGCAGAGGUAGUCUGCGCAGCCGAGAGCGAACGCAGGACAAACCAGGAGAGACCAAGUUUUAAGCCUGAGGGAUCUAACUUUUCAUUUGGUGGAAGACCCUUCCACGGACGUCCACGUUUGGACAGGAGUCAUUUGCCGUUAUGUUAUUUUCUACUGCUGGAUGGUUGGAUUGAUAAUACGAUGAUGAAUUUAUGUAAAUAGCUGUAGAGAUCAGAGGAUAGAAAGGAGAUGUUUGUAGUCUGUCUGUAAAUGACGCAUUUUGUAUCUGUGUAAAUUCUCUAGAGAAGCUUUCGUAUUUUACAUUUUCUAUUUUAAAUCAGUGGUAUCAAAUAAAUGCUCUUUUGGGGAAAAUCUUGUGAUGUUUGUCUAAAUAAAAAAAAAUAACAAAUA